AUGUGGGGGAUUCAGAGGUCACGUUAUGCGGACUGUAACGGCUCCGAGGCGAGUGAGGAGACCGAGGUGGUGGUGAACAUCGGCGGCGUCAAACAGGUGCUACACGGAGACGUGCUGAGCCGCUUCCCCGAGACUCGCCUGGCGGAGCUGGUGAGCGGUUCGCUCCGAGCUCCAGAGGAAAUCCUGACUUUAUGUGACGACUACGACUCUGACACGGGCGAGUUCUACUUUGACAGGGACCCGGAGGCGUUCAAAUGCAUCAUCGAGCUGUAUUAUUACGGAGAGAUCCACAUGAAGCGCGGCAUCUGCCCCAUCUGCUUCCUCAAGGAGAUGGAGUACUGGCGGAUCGGCGCGGACUGUUUGGACGACUGCUGUAAGUGUCACCUGAAGGAGGUGCAGGACGAGCUGGCGGAGAUCGCGGAGAAGGUGCGGACCAUCCUGGUGGACCGAGAGGGUGAGCCGAACGCGGGGGGCUGGCAGCGCUUCCAGGCGUGUGUGUGGAGGCUCAUGGAGAAGCCCGAGUCUUCUCUGCCCGCGCACAUCAUCGCCAUAGUGUCUUUCGUGUUCAUCCUCAUCUCGUCCGUGGUCAUGUGCGUGGGGACCAUCCCGGACCUACAGGUGGAGGACGCGGAGGGCGCGCUCACGGAGCACCCCACUCUGGAGAUGAUCGAGACGGUGUGCAUCGGCUGGUUCACCAUCGAGUACGUGCUGCGCCUCGUGUCUUCACCGAACAAAGUCAAAUUCAUGCUGGCCUUCAUGAACAUCAUUGACUUCAUGGCCAUCAUGCCUUUCUACGUGGUGCUCGUGCUCACGUCGUUCGGCGCGGGGGUGAUGGAGCUGGCGAACGUGCAGCAGGCGGUGCAGGCGUUACGCAUCAUGCGCAUCGCGCGUAUUUUCAAACUGGCGCGGCACUCGUCCGGACUGCAGACCCUGACCUCCGCGCUGAAGAGCAGCUUUAAGGAGCUGGGUCUCCUGCUCAUGUACAUGGGGGUGGGCGUGUUCCUGUUCUCCGCUCUGGGCUACACCAUGGAGCAGAACCACCCGGACACGCUGUUCACGAGCAUCCCGCAGUCCUUCUGGUGGGCGGUCAUCACCAUGACCACCGUGGGCUACGGGGACGUGUAUCCAAAGACCACCCUGGGCCGGUGCAACGCGGCCAUCAGCUUCCUGUGCGGGGUGAUCGCCAUCGCGCUGCCGAUCCACCCGAUCAUCAACAACUUCGUCCUGUUCUACAACAAGCAACAGGUGCUCGAGACCGCGGCCAAGCACGAGAUCGAGCUGAUGGCGCUGCGCUCGUGCCAGGCGGAGCUGCUCGGGUGCGCGCACGGCUCGCACAGACUCUCGUGCGGCAGCGGCGAGGACGCGAGCGGAGCCGUGCGCGCGUGCCACAGUGACACGUUCCUCCCGUUGAUGCGCGAGCCACGAGGACCCGGGGUCAGGAGCGCGAGCGCGGACACGAGCUUCGAGAGCACCGCGGAGGCCGCGGACUUCUUCAGCUCGUGA